AUAAGAAAGAAAACAUCAAAUUACUUUGUUUUUUUAUAUAGUUUUAUCUAUAAUAUUUGAUGCAGGUUAUCGAUUUGUAUUGCUGCCCACAGAAUGUGAUGCCACUAUCAGCUGGAGUUUUUCGGAGUGAAAGAAGAAAUGCAAAGCCUCAGGUCCCUCCUAGACUGUGUGUUCAACACCUAACAACUGUGCGGUGUACCCGAGUACCUGACCACGCUCAGCCUGUGGAAGUGGCCCAUCUGGAGGAGAGAUAUGGCUGGAGAGCUUAUUACACUCAGAUCCAACAGAUCAUGACCCUAUGUACAGUAUACCUGAGGAGAUCAGGUCAGAGGUCACAUUGGAGAUGUCCAUGUCUCUUUCUCACCUGCAUGUCCAGUGACACACUUGAUGAUGAAGAUGAUGAUGUCAUCCACAUGGGACACGCCAUAAUGACCUUCUACUCUGCUUUCAUUGAUCUGUUGGGUCGUUGCACCCCUGAGAUGCAUGUAAGUGUUUCAGGAAACCUGCUGGGAAAGCUAGAUAAGAGCCUCGUAAUGUGUUUGAAGGAUUGAGUUGCAGAGCCCUUAUUGGGUUUAUCUUCUUUUUAAGGCACAGUCAGUUUUCAUUAAAGGUUUGAAAGGUUCUUCAAGGUUUGCUAAUGGGUCUCUCUGUUAUGUGUGUAAAUGGCCUGCAGCUCAUAGAAGCGGGGAAGGGUGAGGCCAUCCGGAUCAGGGCGAUCUUGCGGUCUCUCGUCCACAGAGAGGAUCUGGAGGGAAUCAUCAAUAUUCCUUUUAGUUUAUCAAUUGUAAUUAAUUGUGCGUAUGAAUGUGUGCAUAAAAUAUACAUUCAUGAUGCAAAAAUCAUUUGUUUGUUAUGUAUUUGAUUGUUAACUGAAAUCAGUGUAAAGAGAGAGUCUGAGCUCAGUAAAUUUAGUAAAUUUAGUUCAUGGCUGCUGGCAAAGAUAGUUAGUAGAGGUUUUAUGUCUAAAAGUGAUUCAUUGGUGGUUGAAAAUAUUUUGUGAUUGUUAUACUCAGAUGAUCUAGUGGUGGAGUCUGACAUGUCAUAUUUUGUCCGGAUCACAAAGCAGCCAUGGUGCUGUUUUUGGACCAGGUUUACGGAGUUCAGGACAUGCAGUUCUUACUACGUCUGCUGGAGAAUGGUUUCCUGCCGGACCUGCGAGCAGCUGUUAACAUGGAUUCUGUAAGAGGGACAGGCAUUAUAUGAAGGAAAAGUUCACCCUAAUUUGAAUAAUGUCAUUUCAAGCUGAUAUGACCUUUUUUUGACCUUUCCUCUGUGAAACACAAAAGGAAUUUUAGCUGAAUCUCUGUGGUGCUUUUUUCCAUAAUAAGUGGGGAUAAUGCAAAUAAGUGGGAAUGGAGCUAUUGAGCUCCAAAAUGUCAUAAAACAUCAUCAAAGCAAUUCAACUCAUGCACUAUAUUCCAAGUCUUUUGAAGUCAAAUUGUUUUGUGUGAGGAAUAAAUCUGAAAUUUAAGUCAUUUAUUUACUGAAAAUCUUGAGUUUGUGGACCCCCUAUUUAAGGAUUGAAUCCCGCAGUGGAAGCCAAAAUAAAGGUUAAGGGGGUCCUAAAGGCUUGAAGUUUUAAUUUGACAUAUUCCAACAGCUCUCUCUGUUCUACAUGUUUCAACAGCUCUGUCUGAAUGCAACAUAAAAAGAAAACAUAAUUUCAACCACCCCUAAAACAGGCCAUACUAUUGAUGUGUGGGUCCUCUGGUUGCAGAACUGAAGUCACAUUACCAAAAGCUUGGGAUUAAUAAAUAUAUUUUUUGAAAAAAGAAAUUAAUACUUUUAUUCAGCAAGGAAGCAUUAAAUUGAUCAAAAGUAACAGUAAACACUCCCCGGGCGCCGCAGCAUAAAUGGCUGUGUAUAUAUAUUCUCUCUUUGCAGACGGGGUUAGGUGGAACAGAUAUGGCAUUGGCCCCUUAGUUGAUACAUAUGUGUGGCUCUGCUGCCAUUGCUAAGUAAGUAUUCCUCUCUGCUCUACUUUCUUCCCACAGAAAACGGAAUCCCUCCAUGUUGCAAUCUCUGCUGCAUAAUCUUGUGUUUGACGUCCCUCAACUAUCAGAAAACUCCACAAUGCCACUCAAGCUGUUGACCAAUAAUUAUGAGUAGAGCAGGAAGUACUACUGUCAGAAUGAUGGAUGGGGUGGCUUUGGCUCUGCCACAGAGGAAGAACUUCAUCUGGCAAUAAGGCUGUUUUGGGUCUUACGAUGCAGACCUAUUCAAACUGGCCCUGGGUUGUCUCAGUGCAGUUGCUGGGGCCAUUCCUCCAGACCACCUUGACCCGAGCUGCACAGGAGGACGAGAGAGACACUCAGGAUUCAGAGAGACAGUUUUGUCCUCGACCCCUGGCCACCUCAAAGUGGGGGCAGUCACCCUCUGCUUGUUCCAUAUGAUGCUCUGAGUGUUAAAGACAAGAGUCGAGUCAGAGACAAAGCUCAAGAUGUUCUCCAGUUCUUCCACAUCAAUGGGUACUCAGUGAGGAGGAACAGAAAGGUGGCAGAUUUCCCAGCAAUUGCAAGCUGAUUCGCUUAAGGCCUGCUCCAGCAAGCCCCCUGUCUCACUGAGCAAGCCCAGGAGCUGUUACCAGACCUGGAGGUUGCUCAGGCUCGAGGGCAGAUUGACAGGGCUGAGAAAGUUCCCUGUGAGUGAUAAAUUCAUUUUUUAAUAAAGGUUGUAUUGCCACUAUUAGAGCAAUAAUUCAAAAAUCACAAUCUCUACUUCCUCUCCACUGCAAUGUGUUCACUUAGAGAUGGCUACCAGUCCACCAAUAAAGAAAAAGAGAUGGCCACAAGUGGAUGAAGUGCACUCCUGUUGCUACAGGAUCCUCAGCUGUUUAUACAUUCCUGGCACCUGCAGUGGUACAUUCAUUGAGGCAGAGGUCGGUCUUGGGGGAGUGUCUGUCUGCUUUAUCUGCAGCCUUUCCUAUGUGUUUCUUGGAGCUGACUGACCUUCAUUCCCUCUCCGACACUAUGAGUAAUGAAGAGGGUGAAGGUAAAGGCAAGAAAAGUUCGAUAGAACGCCAAAACGUGAACACACUCACGUUGCUGCAUGCUGUUUUUCCUGAUGGAUUUUGGUGUGGUCUUUUUAUCUGGGAGAGCCUGUAGGCUCCUCCCCACUUUGCAGGAGGCUUUCUCAGAGGUCGAAGAGCUUUCAGAGGCAGGACCAGCGGCCCAUCAUGCCCUUUUGACAAAGGUUACUGAAGUGACGCUUCCUCUGCUGUGUAGAUAUGUCUCACGAUGGGGGAGGUUGGUAACCAAGCAUCCCAGGAGGGCUAUUCUUCCUCUGUCACACCCCAGUAUGCAAAUGCCCUACUGGGUCACAUCCUCUCCAUCAUCCACGCCCACCUGGGUACUGCAGACAGUGCUUGGACGAAACGUCUCGCAGUAUUUGGCCAGCCUCACAUCAGCAAGCAGAACCACACUUCCUGAAGAGCCAUUUCCUUCAUUUGAUGGAAACGUUAAGGAAGAGGGCGGAGUCAGUGCUCCUGGAGGAGGAGCAUUUGAAGACAGAGGGGCGUAGCUAUGUCUCAGAGCAGGAGUUUGACAUCCAGGAAAGGUUUACUGUGUUGGUCCAAGAUAUCUAUGCAUUUUACCCUUUACUCAUUCCAUUUACAGAAUGAGUUGGGUGAGAGAAGUGGACACAGAUGCUGAGAAGCUUUUCUCCCUCGUAGCUGAAGUCUUCAUUUUUUGGGCUAAAUCUCAUAAUUUCAAAUGGGAAGAACAGAGCUUUGUCAACAACACGACAUUCCUGGAGAACAGCAGCAAAAGCAGGAUGGAUAAGGGAAGGGUGUGCAGCCAGGAGAGGAGAAAGGUGAAGAGGAAGGGUGAUUGUUACUCCACACACACCUCUCUCAUUGUGGCGGCCAUGAAUGGGUGUUACCAUGGAGAUCAGGGCCUGGUCAGUCAUCCCAAAAGCCAUUUCUCUCAGAGGGACACAGAAGAUGAGGUAAGAGCGUACAUUUGCAACAACCUGCAACAGGAUCAAUGUGAAAACUCAGCAGUUUCCCUCAGUGUUGAGAGGAUCUUAAACAUCGCUUGUGUUCUUUUCCAUCUGAAUCAGGCACUGAGUGGAGAAAAGGCUGAGGAUGCUGACACAGUUCUGUACAGUGGGUUCAUUAAUUAUGAUAAAGAGAUGGAAAAGCAGAGGCUGCUGUAUCAGCAGGCCCGACUUCAUGAACACGGAGCUGCUGAGAUGGUCUUGCAGAACCUCAGCACCAGCAAAGCAGCCACAUUAAAGCUGGGCAUUGCAAUCCUGAAUGGAGGAAACAUGUCUGUCCAGCAGAAAAUGCUGGAUUACCCGCGAAAGAAGAGAGAUGUGGACUUCUUUCACAGUCUGGUCGGCCUAAUCGUGCUGGAUUUGAAUGCAUUUGAGAGGCAGAUCAAAGCAGAGAGUUUAGGAGUGGACUUCCAGAACUACCUGCGGACUCAAACUGGAAACAACACAACAGUCAGCAUUAUCAUCUCUACUGUGGACUAUCUGCUCAGGCUCCAGGAGUCCAUCAGCGAUUUCUACUGGUAUUAUUCAGGGAAGGAUGUGAUUGAUGAGCGUGGUCAGUACAACUUCUCCAAAAGCCAUCAACGUGGCCAACCGAGCUGCAAAACCGAGCACACAUGCCGCUCUCAGGCUAAAUGGCAGCGUCUGCCAAGCAGCAGGUACUAUGGUUCCUGGUGUGGGGUUGGAGAGACGUCUGUGGAUAACCUGGCAGAAUCCCGGGAAGAAAGAAGGCUUAACUCGGGCUGCUCCAUGUUUCGCCUUCUGACCUUUUCGGUAUUUCCGGAUCGGUCUUCUGUUGUAAUAAUCAGGGGCCCCCCUAAUUCUCCAGACCCAUUUUCUGGCUUCCCACCUGAUCGAAGGAAGGAGGAAAACCUCACGCAUAUUUCUGCGGGGCCCCCUCCCUUUGACACUCAGUGCCAUUGCACAGCACUGCAGUUCCCUAUGUCCGCAUGUUCCACCCUGAAUCUCCGUGGCCGCUUAGUUGACUAUCGCAUGCUCAGGGAAAGUGAAGAGGGCUAUUUCACAAAUGGCGGCGGACGAAGAGAGUCCGGGGGCAAUGGUAUAUUUACCUUUCUGAUACAAGGUAGUACUCUGCUGGGUUUUUCCCCAGAUUCUGGCCUGCACUCCCUUCAGCAUGGAAAUGUAGUGAAUGGGACCAUUGGCAAACAAAUGGUAGAUAUGCUAGUAGAAUCAUCCAGCAAUGUGAAGAUGAUCCUCAAGUUCUUUGAUAUGUUCCUCAAACUCAAAGACCUCACAUCAUCUGAAGCUUUUCGUGACUAUGACCCAGAUGGCAGAGGACUCAUUACCAAGAAGGACUUCCACCCAGAAGGUUUCAAGUGCUACACUCAAUCAGAGACUGAGUUCCUGUUAUCCUGUGCAGAGACAGCAGAAAGCGAGCUUCUGGAUUACCCAAACUUUGUGAUGCUGUUUCAUGAGCUGGCCAAAGAUAUUGGCUUUAACAUGGCUGUUCUUCUGACCAAUCUGUCUGAGCACAUGCCCAGUGAUCCCCGCUUGCAGAAUUUCCAAGAGCUGGCAGAUAGCAUGAUUAAGUAUUUCCAUCCUCACCUGGGAAGGGUCGAAAUAAUGGGCAGCAGGAAACGGUUUGAAAGGGACUACGCUGAGAUCAGCGAAUCCAGCUGCACACAGUGGGAGAAGCCACAGAACUGUUUUGCAAGAAAUUUCUACAACAUGAGAUUGUUGGCUCUGUUCCUUAAUUUUGCCAUCAAUUGUAUUCUUCUGUUUUACAAGGUGAGUAUUGAUUUCCCUGCUAAAAUAUCAGCUUUAAUGUUGCUGGUCAGGCUGGUCUGUUUUUUCACAGGAAACAUGAAAAUGAUUCUUCACAGCCUGGCUGUCCUGCAAACACUCAUCUCACUCUGCUGUAUCAUCGGCUACUGUUUGAAGGUGAUGGCAAAAUAUGGAGAGCUGUAUGGAUCGGCACGUGUCAAUGAGCUGCUGGGUUUUGAUAAAGCUGCUCUGGACUUCAGCUCAGAGGCUCAGGAGAGCAAGAGAUCUGUGCAAAAGGUUGCCCUCUUUAGAUUAAACACCUUUGAUGUGAAGUACCAGAUAUGGAAGCUGGGAGUGUUUUUCACCGACAAUUUCUUCUUUACCUGACAUGGUAUGUUUGUGUCACUCCUGGGUCAUUAUAACAAUUUCUUCUUUGCUGCCCACCUGCUAGACAUCACCAUGGGCUUCAAAACACUGCGCACCAUACUGUCAUCUGUUACACAUAAUGGCAAAGAGCUGGUUUUGACAGUGGGGUUGUUGGCCAUGGUUCUGUAUCUCUACACUGUGGUUGCCUUUAACUUCAAAUUUUACAAUAAAAGUGAAGACGCCGAACCAGUGGACAUGAAAUGUGACGAUAUGCUCACAGUGAGUAUCCCUCUUUUAUCUUUUACCAUUAACUUAAAGGGAUACUCC